ACAGAAUAUUUUUUCUAAAGAGGAGAGCAACAACAUGGUUUCAAAACUGGAAGAUGCAAUGGAAGGCCUGAUUAAAGUGUUCCACACAUACUCUUCCAAAGAAGGAGACAAGUACAAGCUAAGCAAAGCCGAGCUCAAGAGUUUGCUUCAGGGAGAACUCAAUGACUUUUUAGCUGCGAGUAAAGACCCCAUGGUUGUGGAGAAGAUCAUGUCUGAUUUGGAUGAGAACCAGGAUGGAGAGGUGGACUUUCAGGAGUUUGUUGUGCUGGUGGCUGCUCUCACAGUGGCGUGUAAUGAAUUCUUUGUACAGAGCAUGAAGAAUUAAAUGUCUUCCAUGUUUCUCUUCAGCUGUGUGAGAACAUUUUGUAAAUGUAAUUUAUCAGAAAUAAAGACUCUAGUGACAUGCA